GAAUGUCGCGGCAUCUCAAACGAAUCGGACGCGAAAUGAAUCCAACGGAUAUUCGGAUCCACUGCUUCGAGUGAUUUUCGGAUAAUAUUUCAUUCGCUUUCGUACUCAAGAAUCGGAAUAACCGCACGCGAUUGUGUGAGUUCGCCUGCCGAAUGCUCCGGAUCGACCGGAACAAGUGAACCAAAUUCGUUGAGCUAAUCGGAGAUCCAAAAUAAUUUUAAGCACUAAAAGAUUGUGAAAACGAAGGUCAUCUUUACAACAUGGUGGAUUCGCAAUAAGUAAAUAGCUAUUCGCGCUACAAUCAGUGUGCAACGCCAAAUUGACCAAGCAUAAAGAGCAAAAACAAUAAUUUGAAAAGCUCUUUGAAUUUCGUUUCUAAAAUUGUGUAAAUGGAAGACAAGGAAAUGAAUGGUAAAAUCGAAUAAAAGUCCCAAGCAACAUGUAAAGUUUGAAUUGGGCAGUGUUUGGAAUUCUAAUUUGUGAUUUAAUCAUGUGAAAAAAUUGUGAAAACUUGCUUAGAAUAAAGGCAAAAAAGGAGACAACUUUGUUAGAAACAACAAUAAAAAACUCAUCUUCAGAGACUUCGUAAAAAGGAAGGAAAAUUCGCUUUCAAAGCUGGGCCCAUUAUUAGCGGCUUGAGGAGCACACACGUAACUUUGAUGAUAAUGAUGAUGAUGAUGCAGACAUCGAGGUCCUGGCAACAGGAAUCGGAAGUGGAGCAACGAAAACAACAUAAACAACCAUGGCCAACUGAUGGGGCAAACAUAUCAGCGGCUUACGACCGUAACAGUGAUAAUGACGAUGGCAACCACGGGGUGGUGCAUAAUGAAAACAACGACGGCAGCCCGAGCAGCUCAACGAAUUUUAGCACUUCCGCCUUCCGACAGCGGGAACAGGAACUCCCACCCACCGGUCAACACAGAACCCGGAUACCCUCCGCCGGACCCGGAUCCUCCAGCUCCAUCUCCAUUUCCAGCUGGACAAUGCUGCUCACCCUUCUCUCGAUUUCUGCCCUGACAUCCUCCGCAAAUGUCUCAACCACCAGCCAUCUGACCAUCAACGGCAGCAUUGGCAGCACCGAUUACAUACUGCUCUCCGGGGACUCCACAACAGCCCUGAUUCCCGUCCAGACCACCGGGAUCUCGGGGGUCGGAGGUGACGGACUGGCGGAACUCGAGGACGAGGAGGAUGCGGAGAAGGCCAGUGAAUAUAUCUUCGAUCGCACCGAUGUGCGCAUUAUAUUCAUCACCCUUUACACUCUGGUGUUUUGCUGCUGUUUCUUUGGUAACCUACUUGUUAUUUUGGUGGUCACAUUAUCUCGACGAUUGCGCUCAAUCACGAAUUUUUUCCUGGCAAACUUGGCGUUUGCAGACUUUUGUGUCGGACUCUUCUGUGUGAUGCAGAACCUGUCCAUCUAUCUCAUAGAAAGCUGGGUUUUCGGUGAGUUUCUGUGUCGCAUGUAUCAGUUUGUUCACUCGCUGAGCUACACGGCCUCGAUUUUCAUCUUGGUUGUCAUUUGCAUGGAGCGUUACUUCGCAAUAGUGCAUCCCAUAACCUGCAAACAGAUCCUAACUGCAGCUCGUCUGAGGAUGGUCAUUGUCACAGUUUGGAUUACAUCGGCCGUAUACUCGACGCCCAAGUUUGUUUUCAGCAAGACCAUUAAAAACAUUCACACGCAGGACGGCCAGGAGGAGGAGAUCUGUGUCCUGGACCGCGAGAUGUUCAACUCCAAGUUGCUGGACAUGAUUAACUUUGUGCUGCUCUACGUAAUGCCGCUGUUGGUAAUGACGGUGCUGUACAGCAAAAUCGCCAUUGCCCUGUGGCGCAGUUCGCGGGGUCUUACACCGCAUGUGGCGCAGCACCAUCAGCACCAGCAGCCGCAGCAGGCAUCCUGCCAGGACGGCGGCAUGGGAAUGGGGAUGCACAACAGCAUGUACCAUCACCACCAGCACCACCACCAUCAGAUGCACCACCAGCUCCCCUCAGCGGCGUCAACAGCAACCUCGGCAGGAUCUGCUCCUCAGGCAGGAGGGGGAGUGGGAGUUGGAGUGGGUGGAGGUCCUGGCUCCUCACUCGCCUCCGCCGGCAGCAGCACCACCUCCUUGUCCCGCAAACAGAGCAGCAAAUAUGAGAAGCGCGGCGUCAGCAUCACGGAGAGUCAGCUUGAUAAUUGCAAGGUGUCCCUGGAGGCCGAUCGUCCCAUUGUCAGCGCCUGCCGCAAGACGAGCUUCUACCACCACUCCCAUGCGCAUCACCAGCGGUCAGGAGCCUCCUCCGGGGGCGGUGGUGUGGGAGGGGGCGGGACCGGAGGUGCCUCCCACAUGUCCCACUCGUCCAGCAAUGUCCUGCGAGCCCGGCGCGGAGUCGUCCGUAUGCUGAUAAUAUUCGUGCUGACAUUCGCCCUCUGCAAUCUGCCCUAUCAUGCCCGCAAAAUGUGGCAGUACUGGUCACGUUCGUAUCGCGGUGAUUCCAAUUUUAAUGCGCUGCUAACGCCGCUCACCUUUCUGGUCACGUACUUCAAUUCGGGCGUAAAUCCCCUUCUCUACGCCUUCCUGAGUCGCAAUUUUCGGAAGGGCAUGAAGGAGUUGCUUUUGUGCUCCUGGAAGAAGGGCAAAGGCAAGUCGUCCUCGAACUCCUCGAUGCACCACAAACGCAAGGCGCUGCAGACCCACUCCCUGCCCACGGACACCACGCACAUCGGGAACGAGCAGCUAUGAUGGCCACGCGGCUGGAGGAGACCCUUCAAGCUCUUCGGGCGACGCUCUUAGGACCCCCAUUUGUACCCCCAUCCAUCCCAUCGAAGGAUGCACCAUUCUGCUCUUCGGGUCCGCUAGCUAGCUAUCAUUUCAUUGUGAUUUCGGAAAGCCUAUUGCUCGGGAUCGAAUCGAACCGAAUCGCGGAACUAUCUCCUAGCUGGUGUCAAGUUCUAUUGAUAGAGUAAGUUAGUUCUUAAGAAAAAGCUAAAUAAAAUCAAUUUGCAUGCAUCUCCAUGAGCAUAGCUGUCAA